GAUAGCAGUAUCGGUAUAGUUGGAACUAUCGCGCCGACCGAGAAAAUAUCUUACCGUGGUAAACUUACCUAAAAUACUCAUUAUCUUACCGCUGUAAAUAUACCAACCAACGUUUUGAAACUACCAGUUGGAAAGUUGUGAACCAUGGACUUGCUGCAGCUGAACGACGACUGUUGGGAUAUUAUAUUUGGCUAUUUGAGUUUAGAGGAGCUAGCUCCGCUCUACAAUGAAAUUCCAUGUUUUGAUGGCGCCAUCGAGAGGCAACUCCAUCGGUUCCGGGACUUGAGGUUCUGCAUGAGGCAGGCGCCUGCUUUCCAGGAGGACUUCCUCAUUAAGCUGGGUGGCCAGCUGAACAGUCUGCACAUCAAUGUGGGCUACUCCACCAAGGACGCGGAUCUCCUCCGGUACCUGAAGCCACUGUGCCAAGGGGCCUCUGGGAGCCGCAGGAUUAAGGCUCUGAAGCUGGACCAUGCCAAGUGGUCGGGGGAGAUAGUGGCAACCGUGGCCCAGGUGCUCCCAUCGCUGUUGUUUCUGGACAUGCGUCACUGCGAUGUGCGAGAUUACCAGAUAGCACAGCUCUUGGAAUCGGCAGAUAAGCUGAAGGCACUCGCUCUACUCCACGUCGACAAUCAGACGGGUGAUUCCUAUCUGCAGCCCCAAGUACUCAACAGAUUGCCAUCUCUGAAGCUCAUCCACCUAACCACCCUGGGUUCCAUGGCCUUUUCCCCCGAGAAUCUGACCCGGCAGUGCCCCAACCUGAGCUUCCUCAUCAGCGACCUGAUCAAAGGAGAUUUCAAGAUAUAUGGCCCGCCUGCCUACAUCCAGAACUACUACAGAUGCUAUAACGAGUUUUUUUAAGACCGCCUAAGUUUAUUCGGAGCUUCUGGAUAAGAUCUCAGUGGAAUAGGAUUUUAUGUUUGAACUUGAAUGGAAUUGUUUUUUUUUUGUAAAUAUGUUUGCCUUUUACCAUGCAAGAGACUUCACAUGCAUUUAAAGCAUACACUUAACGAAUCUUACAGCCGAAAGCUCUGCUUUUCUACAUAAUUAAAUUCCUCGUUUCCCCAUUUUCAGUUAAUAAACUAAAUAGGAGGAAA